CCUGCCCCCUCUCCCAACCCCGCUGUCUCACUGUCACCUUUCAGGAGCCAGUCUCUGCUCCAGUCACGGUCCCAGGCACCUUUUCCAUCAUCCUUGCCCCUGUGGCUGCCAGCUCCAAGCCCCCAAGGGAAUAUCACCACCCCACCUAGUGGCUUGGAGCCAGCUUCUCCCCUAAUUCCCCCAGCGCCUGCUCUCCGCAGGACCUCAGCUUACGGAGCCGCGGGGAGCAAAGGCGCCAAGAACCACCCGUGGCGGGCGCAGGGCGUCUUCGUCUCCUCCCUCUUCUCCCUUGGUCGCAGGGAGCCGCUUUACAUCCUAGUGGGGCAGCGGGGAGAGGAUGCCUGUUCCCGAGGGAGCCGGCAGAGCCAGCGCGUCUGUCUCGGAGAGACUCGGACCGCUGAGGAGCACGCGGCGACGGAGGGGGCCGAAGGGGUCCCGGGGUCGCGGCGCUGGGCGGGAGGCGGGGGCGCCACCUACAUCUUUCGGCUGCGUGUCGGCGAGCUGGAGCCACUGCUGGUGGCGGCCGGAGGAGGCGGGCGGGCCUACCUAGCCGCCAGGACCGAGGCUGCCCCUGAGAAACUGGAGAGCCGCUCAGCGACGCCCGGAAGCAGCGGGGGAAGCUGGGCCGUGGGGAGAGGCGGGCGUGCCUCGGAGACUGACAUCCUCUGGGUUGAUGGAGAAGAUGGGGUAUCCUUCAUACACCCCUGCAGCGAACGCUUUCUGCAGCCUCUGGCAGUCAUGGAGAGCCACAGAGAGGUAGAGAUCUGACUGCUCCUCAACUGUAGUCAUUGCCAUUGCCAGUGGCAGGCAGAGCUCUGGUUAGCCAAAUGCAUGUGCCCAGGGGGUAUGGAGCUAGCUGCAGGUAACAUUACAUGCAUGGUACAGGUAAACCUGCCCACCUCACCAGGCCCUCUGGUUCUGUUGGUGACUGUUGUGACCUCUACAUUGAGCCUCCUUAUGGUGUGUGGGGUUCUUAUUCUGGUGAACCAUAAGAAGUGGCAGGGCCUGUGGUAGAUGAGGCUGCAGGACCCUGAGCUCAAGCUGAGCUACCUUCAAACCUCCACCACCAGGACACCUCAACCGUACUACUGCCAGGUGGGGUUUAGCCCCGCCCAGCCCUGGCCUCUGCCCCCAGGACUUACAGAGGUUUCCCCAGCCAAUGUCACUCUGCUCAGAGCACUGCGCCAUGGCGCCUUGGGAGAAGUCUAUGAAGGACUGGUAAUUGGCCUUCCUGGGGACCCCAACCCCCUGCAGGUGGCUGUCAAGACCCUGCCAGAACUCUGCUCUAGUCAGGAUGAGCUGGAUUUCUCACCGCAUCAGUGACUGGGGUAUGGGCACCUCCCACACAGCACAUUCAGCCAUCAGAACAUUGUGCACUGCGUGGGGCUCAGACUCUGGACUGCCCCUCGUCUAAUUCUGCUGGAGUUGAGGUCUGGAGGGGACAUGAACAGUUUCCUGAGGAACAACCGGCCACACUUGGGCCAGCCAUCACCUCUGGCCAUGUGGGACCUGCUCCAGCUGGCUCAGGACAUAACCCAGGGCUGCCACUACCUGAAGGAAAAUCCACAGGUUGGGAGUGAUCCUGGCUCAGAGCGGGUAGGGAAGCAGGACAUUGCUGCCAGGAACUGCCUGCUGGGCUGCACUGGACUCAGCCCAGUGGCUCUGCUGCCAGUCAAGUAGAUGCCUGAAGAGGCCUUUCUGGAGGGCAUUAUUUUCAUAUCCAAGACAGACUCCUGGUCUUUCGGGGUCCUGUUCUGGGAAAUCUUCUUAUUAGGCUACAUGCCGUACCCUGGGUGCACCAACCAGGACAUACUGUACUUUGUCACUGGAGGGGGACAGAUGGGCCCUCCCAGGGGCUGCCCAGGCCUGUACUGUACCAUGACACGGUGUUGGCGGCACCAACCUCAGCUGUGCCCCUGUUUUGCCAGCAUCUUGGAGCAUCUUCAGUACUGUAUUCAGGACCCGGAUGUGCUGAAUUUAUUCCUGCCAAUGGAGCUACUGCCCACUCUGGAUGAGGAAAAGGCUUCUGGGCUGGGGAGCAGGUCUUUGGAGGGCCUAAGAUCCCCACGGGCCCAGGAACUGAAUCUGGAGAGCUUAAAGAGCUGGAUAGGGGGCCUCCUUGGCCCCUGACUGCCCUCUAGUCCCAAGACCCCAAAUCCAGGACCUCCAACCUCGGAAACUUUGGAAUCCCCCCUAUGACUCUUGGGCCCCAAGGGGCCCUGAAGGUGAGGACUCAGGCAGUGCAAUGGUUCCUCCCUGCACUCUUCCUCAGGCUUCUAGGUAGCUUGUUAUUCCAGUAGCCUCUGUCCCCUGCAGUCUGUACUGCGUGUCUGGGCCUGUCUCAGAGCUGGCCAGGCACCAGUGGACUCCCCAUCCUGGAAACCAGCCCAGGCUUCCUGGAGAAGAGCUUGGACACUCCCAGCCUUUGAUCUUUGGGACCAGAGGUUGAAAUCGCCUCCCUCAGGAAGCCUUCUCUGGAUCACCCUUCCCUCCCCCACCCAUAAGUGUCUUUCGUCUGGGCAGCCCUCAACCCUACAAAUGCCUCUAAUAAAGAGUUCUUCUCAUA